AUGUCAGCAAAGGCAAAUGCAAAGCAUUUUCUCCGCACCAUCAGGAAUAACCUGUUUCAACAGCGCUGCAGAAGAAAGGAGGCUCAGAGAAGGAGGGCUCUGGAGGUAGUGGAGGAGAGGCACUUUCCUGCUCAUAAAAAGACUUUUCCCUCUGCAGAACUCAUUGCUUCACCACUACCUGGCCCUGAAAACCUGUCUUUCCCAGUGGACAGACCUGUCCUGGAGUCACACAAAUUCAUAUCUGAAAACAGAACUGUAAUGCAGAAGAAUGAGAAUAACAGCAAGACAUCAGAGCAAGGCAAGACAAAAGCUCAGGCAAUAGCCUCUUUCGAAGAUGUGUUAAAAAUGCAUGAAUCCAUCAAAAACAUUCAUAGUGAAAGCAGGUACAUGAAGAAGCAGUUCAACAAAUGGAAGGACAAAAUGCAAUUUCUUCACAACUGCCAGGAAGACAAAAGCUGCAAAAUAGAGGCAAAGCUCCAGAGCCUGAAAGCAAGCCAUGAAAACCUGCAAAUGAAGCUGCAGCAAAUGAAGCAAGAAGUAAAGACAAUGUUACAGUCGUCAGAGCAUCCUUUUGCACAGUGUCAGAAUAUGAUGCCAAGAAAUACAUAUGUCCUGCCAGAAAGGAGAAUACAUGAUGGAUUAAACCCUGCUCAAAUAAGGCCUACUUCCAGAACAUGUGCAGACUGGAAAUCUUUGAAUCCCCCCAACUCUGCAAAUAGAAUCCAGCUUUUACAGAUACCUGAGGUUCCUGCUGCAGUGGACUUUAUGUUCUCAGAAAACCCACUGGAGUCAGUGCCCCUGGAGAACAACAGACCUUUUAUGGGACUGUAUAAAAAAGCAAAAGAGAAUCAAACACAUCUGCCUGAAUUGACAGAAAACUCCCUCAGUGGCAUCACAAGGAAUACAGUUCUUACUCCCACUGCUGUGCAGAUACCACCUGAUGAGAAGGAAGUCAGUGAGGAAGUGGAACUGCAGCAGCUAGUGAUAAAACUGAAGGAUGCGUUGUCUCUCCAAGCCCAACCAGCCCAACAGUCUGCUUUGCAGCAGGAGUUCUUCUCUACAGCUGAACAUGUUUGCAGAUCCUUUUCUGACCUCAUCAACCAAGUAACUUCACCAGCUUGUAAAUGA